GCCCCUUCAGCGGCUGAGCAUUGGCCGGAAAACUUUGGUCGCCGGGGCCAUCGGCGUGGUGAUGAUCCUGAUCCUGGUGAUCCUCAUUCCGGUGCUGGUGAGUUCCGUGGGCAUCGACGGGCACUACGAGAUGCUGGGCACCUGCCGCAUGGUGUGCGACCCCUACCUGGGCAAGACCACCACCAGCGCCAGCAGCAUCAGGAGCGAGGGCGCCGAAAGCCUCAGCAGCAGCAGCAGCAACGACCACAGCGGACUGCCCCCGCCGUCCACCCUCGUCCAGGGGCCCCAGGGCAAGCCGGGACGGCCGGGCAAGCCGGGGCCUCCGGGGCCUCCGGGGGAACCGGGCCCCCCAGGCGCCAGGGGGCCCCCUGGCGAGAGAGGAGACCCUGGGAAAACCGGUCCGCCUGGCCUGCCCGGGCCUGGGCUGGGCACGGGGGCCAUCAGCGCGGCCACCUACACCAUGGUGCCCCGCGUGGCCUUUUACGCCGGCCUCAAGAACCCGCACGAGGGCUACGAGAUCCUCAAGUUCGACGACGUGGUGACCAACUUGGGGAACAACUACGACGCCGCCACGGGCAAGUUCACCUGCAACAUCCCGGGCACCUAUUUCUUCACCUAUCACGUCCUGAUGCGCGGCGGCGACGGGACCAGCAUGUGGGCAGACCUGUGCAAGAACGGGCAGGUGCGGGCCAGUGCCAUUGCGCAGGAUGCUGAUCAGAACUACGACUAUGCUAGCAACAGUGUCAUCCUGCACCUGGAUGCCGGGGAUGAAGUUUUCAUCAAGCUUGAUGGAGGCAAAGCCCACGGGGGCAACAACAACAAAUAUAGUACCUUUUCAGGUUUCAUAAUCUACUCAGACUGAGGCUAGAAGGAGCCCUACUGACUUCCAGCCCCCUGGACUUCUCCAU